GGUCUGGUCUCGAAUCACUUCGUGGAGAAGUUUGUUAUCUUUAAAACCUCGUUGCGCACGCCCUCCUGCACUCAAACUGUAAAGAUGCCCAAAGCCAGAACGCACGCGUGCUCAUCCCUGUGGAUAGCAUCUCUGGCUUCCUUAGUAGUGUCGUCAGUGCUGUCUUCAUCAUACUCACCCUCGGCAUAUCAGAGAUCCACCAUCAGCGUAAAAAGACCCAGCUUCAUGGAGAGGACACUGGUUCUCCUGGACGUCAAUACGCGAAGUCCCAUCAGAGUGCUCAACGACAACUUCCUCUCACUACAGCUGGACCCCUCCAUUAUAAAAGACGGGUGGUUGGACUUUCUGAGCUCCAAGCGGCUUGUGACCCUGGCGCGCGGCCUGUCUCCAGCUUACCUGCGUUUUGGCGGCAAGAGAACCGACUUCUUACAGUUCAACAACCAGAAGAACCUGGCGAAGUUUAGAGGACCGGGUCCUGACUACUACCUGAAAAACUACGAGGAUGAUAUUGUUCGCAGUGACAUUGCCCUGGAUAAACAGAAUGGCUGUAAGGUGGCCAACCACCCGGACAUAAUGCUGGAGCUGCAAAGAGAGAAAGCUGCCAGCACACAGCUCGUGCUGCUGAAAGAGCAACUCUCCAACAUCUACAGCAACAUUACAAUAACAGCCAGGUCUUUAGACAAACUGUACAACUUCGCUGACUGUGCUGGUCUGCACCUGGUGUUGGGGCUGAAUGCGCUGCACCGUAACCAUGACAACACGUGGAACACCUCGUCCACACUGAGUCUCCUGAAGUACGGAGCCGGCAAAAAGUACAACAUCUCCUGGGAGCUGGGCAAUGAGCCAAAUGCCUAUCGCAGCAUGGUAGGGCGUGCAGUCAACAGCACCCAAUGGGCACAGGACUACACCAAGCUCAGGACCCUCCUCCAGUCUGUACGAUACUACAACAAAGCACAUCUCUAUGGGCCCAAUGUUGGACGACCACGCAAGAAUGCUCUUCUUAUGUUGGAUGGGUUUAUGAAAAAUGCGGGCUCUAUCGUAGAUGCGGUUACGUGGCAACAUUAUUUCAUGGAUGGCAGAGUGAAAAAAGUUGAGGACUUUCUGAAAACCAGACUGAUGGACACACUUACAGAUCAGAUCAAUAAAGUUAUAAAGAUCGUGGCAACACACACCACAGGUAAAAAGGUGUGGUUGGGUGGACUGGGCCCUGCUUGGACAGGAGGCAUCAAUAACCUCUCUCAAACAUAUGCAGCUGGGUUUCUAUGGAUCAACACUCUCGGUGUAGCUGCUGUUCAGGGGAUUGACGUCGUCCUGCGUCACUCUUUCUUUGAUUAUGGGUACACACAUCUUGUGGAUCAGAAUUUCAACCCUUUACCUGAUUACUGGGUAUCAUUGAUCUUCAAGCGUCUGGUUGGUCCCAAGGUGUUAGGGGUGCGAGUGGCAGGUCUGCAGAGGAAGCCUCAGCCGGGGAGGGUCAUCCGAGACAAACUCAGAAUCUACGCCCACUGCACCAGCUUCUCCAAUCAUAACUACGCCAGAGGCUCCAUAACCAUCUACAUCAUCAACCUGCACCGCUCACGGAAGAAAAUUAAACUAGCAGGAACACUACGCAACAAGACAGUGCACCAGUACCUGCUGCAGCCGUAUGGCACAGAGGGGCUCAGGGCCAAGCAUGUCCAGUUAAAUGGGGAGAAGCUGGUGAUGUUGGACAAUGAGACUUUCCCUGAGCUGAAGCCAAAGACUCUGAGGGCUGGACGGACAAUAACUCUGCCACCGAUGACCAUCGGCUUUUACGUCAUUCGAAACAUAAAUGCGUACGCCUGCAGGAGAUAACAUUUACUGCUUUUCAUCUUCACCCAGACACUCAUAAACUCUGUGAGUAUGUCCUCAGAUGGUCCAGACCUGUUGGUCAUACUCAUUCACAAGACACAACCAAACCUUUUUUCAUUCAAACUGCUGCACUGAAGUUUUUGAGAAAUUCCUACUCUC